UCACCGCACCGUCAUUUCUUUGGGUUCCCGGAUGAAGACGUCACGUAACUGCUCGGUAGAAUAACAAGAUUUUUCCCUUGGAAACAACUAGAUGCUAAAAGAUUUCCAUUUGACGAACUGUGGUAAUUAGGUAUUUCAAUAUGUCAACACCAGCUAGGCGAAGACUCAUGAGGGAUUUUAAGAGGUUACAAGAAGAUCCCCCAGCAGGUGUCAGUGGAGCCCCUACCGACAACAAUAUCAUGAUCUGGAAUGCAGUUAUAUUUGGGCCCCAUGACACGCCUUUUGAAGAUGGCACCUUCAAGCUGACCCUAGAGUUCACAGAAGAGUAUCCCAACAAACCACCCACAGUUCGGUUUGUUUCCAAGAUGUUUCAUCCAAACGUGUAUGCAGACGGUAGCAUCUGCCUAGACAUUCUUCAAAACCGGUGGAGCCCCACGUAUGAUGUGUCUGCCAUCCUCACGUCCAUUCAGUCUCUUCUGGACGAGCCAAAUCCCAACAGCCCGGCAAACAGCCUGGCAGCACAGCUGUACCAAGAAAACAGGCGGGAGUAUGAGAAGCGGGUGGCUGCCAUCGUUGAGCAGAGCUGGCUCAACUUCAAUGACGACGAGGGCAAGGAAUCCAAGAAGGACGCAUCCUAGCUUCUCCUGCUGCUGCUGAGAAACCACCACCACUACCACCACAACACCGCUUGGCCCACCCCACCCCUUUCCCUCCAACCUCCCAAGAGAAAUGCCCCGUCCCCCUCCCCCCAUGCAAGACCAGACGCAGAGAGAGGCCAAGGUGCACAAGACAGCACCUGUGUAGGUCGCUCUUAGAGGGGAAAAAAAAGCAGCAGCAAGUUACGAGUCAACAGCUGAUUAAAACAGACUGGAAGGAGGAGGAGGGGGACUGUUGCUUCUCAAAACUGCACACGAUUUUUCAGUGUGCUGGCGGCAUAAGCAGGGUUGCCUUUCAAUUUGUGUGCAGACUCAUUGCAACUCUGUGGCUGUUUUGAGCGUAGCUCAUUUUCCAUAUACAAGGCAUGCGCUGUGCAGUGCAGGAUGCUUCGACUGUGCUGGCUUCAUUGAAAAAACCCUGUGCUUCUUGCUGCUUUUGAACUGAGGAGGGCCAUGCCUCUUGUCAGAGCGUGUUCUGACAAGUUUGUUUAAAUUCUGCCUGCUGUGCAAAAUUGCCCGGUCAGCAGCUGUAUGUGUAUUGGUUGGCCAAAAUGAGUGUGUGAAUGACCUUGCUGCAUUACCCUUGCGGUCCUUACACACACACACACACACACACACGCAUACACACACACACACACAAUUCUCUUCACCUUUGCGCUUGUGGAUUGACAAGAAUAUGUAGCGCAACUGGCUGGUCAAGCUUUUUUUUUUUUAUCUCUCUCUCCUUUUACAUGCUUUCUUAAGAGCUAAAAGUGUGAGUGGAAGGUCUUCUUUUUAACUUGUUUAGAUUUGCAUUGUGAGAUUCUUUAGCUCCACCAAGGUUUUUGUUUCAAGACAUUUACUUGUUUAGACUUGCAUUGUGAGAUUCUUUAGCUCCACCAAGGUUUUUGUUUCAAGACAUUUACUUUAAUGAGGCAGUGAAUGUCUCAUUGGUCUACAAAACAUUUCUAAGAAGGGUUUUUGUUUGGCAACAAGCAGCAGCUUAGCUUCCACUUGCCCACCCACACAUUUUCUUUCUUUCUUUUUUUUUUUUUUUCAACUUGAACAAAAUAUUUCAGCUUCGUGAAGUUGCCUGUGUACCAUGCAAGUUAGGUUCACUGAAGGCAGUGUCAACUGUGUUCCCAGCUGCACAUUCAUGUGCGUCUCCUGUUGAGAGAUUUUGUAGUAAAUUGCCAGUUUAAUUGAGCAGAUUAGGUUUGCUCAGGCAGUGUGCAACGGUAUUUGCAGCUGCAUCUUGAUGCGCAACUCCCGAGUUAACACACUUCGGAAACAGGCCCGUUAAUAAUGUGCCAGUAAAUGGUGUGUUGUAAAACCCUUCGUAGUUGAAGCGUUGCACUGCAACUUCCUCACAGUGUGCCACAUUUGUGCAUGCAGUUUGCUUAAAAAGGGAUCGAACACAGUUUCGGAAAAGAAACGUGGCUUAGUUCUGGGAGUCUGUGGAUCUUUUGUGCAUGCAUGCUGCAAUAUAUUUCUAGUCUGUUUCCAAGGCGUGUCUAGACUGUAGAGAUGAAAAAAAAAAAAAAAAGUCUGGCUACUGCUGCUGAAUGUGUUUGCACAGGACCUAAUGCCACAUUCUCUUUGGCAAUGCAAGUAGAUUUGUCCUUCAAUCUGGCUUGGCCUUCCCUCUCGCUCACUUAAGACAUUCAGCAAGAGGCCUUCAUCUGGCUGUGCACAUUUGGUAAUAUGGGCUUCUGUUCUCAUUGGGUAGGCAAGAACAAUGGAGCAUGAUGUGCAAACAUGGCCAAGAGAGCGUGAAGUGGCUAGCUGUAUUGACUUUGCAUAGCUGCUAGUGCUUUGUGGUUCACCUCCAUGCAGUGUGAAAACUUGGGAAUAAAUGCCACUGCUGCUUGUGCAAGUGCAGCAUCAAGGUAGAGUGAAUGAGCAAAGUUUCAACUCCUAAAUGUCUAACAGUAAGAAGGGGGGGGGGGAGGCUGUGUAAGUGUCUGGCUACCCAAAAACUUCACACCCGUGCCGAGUUUUUGUCUGUCUUGAAGUUGCCAUAGCAUCUGCACUAAAUUUGCCACCCUUCUGUGCGCUCUCUGUACAGAGCUCAGAUGUGUCGGCAGCAACAUGUGCGCGCACAGCUGAGAAUUCCCAUCUGUGCAAUCUGCCAAAGUGGCUGACGGUGUUUAUGAAAGUACGAGUGCCACCUGAAAAAACUGGAUGCCUUUCUUCAGGUCGUGUCCAUGUUGUGAAGUAGGAGGAUCUAGGUUUUUAUACAUGCCCGUGUGGGCCACCGAAUGCAGCACUCGCUGGUGUUUUACAACUCUGUGCAGGAAGGAUGCAAGUUGUGGUUUCCAUGACUCGCAUUUAUGUGGUUUGAAAACAAGCUCUCUUUGCAGCAGCUUGUGCUCAUCCCUUAGUGCUUUCAUGAGCAGGUGCAGAUACUCUUAGCUGUGUACCUGUGGAUUGCUAACACAUCUGAGCAUUGUACUGUUAUGGACAAAUGAAAUGUGGAGAACUAAAGUAGGACACCUCUUAUACAACUCGUUAGUGCAAUCUUAAGCUGCAUAUCUUGCUGCCAAAGAAUUGUGCAAGCCCCAAAUUAAGCAUAUAAGCCGAAAUUGCACUGAUAUCACAGUGGCUGAACUGGAAGUGAACAACCAUAUGUUAACCACAACUUCAGUUGUUUUAUUUGUCCAUGAUAGUGCAUUCAGUAGCGGUUUUUUUUUUUUCUCUUUCGUGUUGCUACAUAGUAGUACUUGCACCCUUUGCUUUAAGAUCACGCUGUGAUAACCGUCUUCAAGAGCUUGCGACUGUGGCAUGGGCUUUCUUCCCACAAUUUUUCUUUUUUUUCGUCUUGUGUAAGGAGCAGUAUGUAAUGUAGGUGCCACGGAAUUAGGCGGCCCCAUUUCUCUCUCCCCCUCAUGUGCGGAGCAGCUUGUCCUUCUGCCCAGCAUGUGCGCAUGCCCCUCUCAUGCACAUGUGAAAGUGACGUGAUCAGACCUACUAAAGUGAUGAAAUAAAAUCUUUCAAAUGGCA